GUGUCUGUUUGCUACAUCAGCAAACUUAUCUCGAGAUUGCACUAGAAGACGUCAUACACUAGCACCAUCGUCAGCACGUGGACAGACCGACUGCAUCUCUCACUGCAACUCAUUGACAUGUCGAUGUCCAGUCCACUACCACUUGGAUGCAACCAUCACUUCCAUAAACGUUCCUUUGCCACACUCCAGCAACGAUUGGCUCACACAAAAUAUUUGUUAAUUGGUGAGGUGACGAGCAAUGAUGUAGCCAUUACCAACAUCUCUAGGGAGACCAACAAUCGUACAGACAGUGAAGAAUGUGUGAGGAGUUUGCACACAACGGAUGAAGAAAGUAAAAUAGAAACAGAAAGUGAGACAUCAAUGAUGCAUGAGACACCAAGAGAAACGGAAAGCGUGCAAGAGGAAGUGGAGAAUGAGGAUGAUGACUUGGAUGUAACUCUCGACUCUAAUGAUUACCUCGACUUCGAAUUUGUAUUGAAACGAUGUCGAGAUCAGAGACAAGCAAAGCAGGCGUCUCAAAAGGAUCGUCUCUACUCAAUAAAUGUGAAUAAAACCGAACGGAAGAGACACAGUGCCGUGGAGGCUCGAAUUGCACGACAAGCUCUUGAUAGGAAGAAACGAGAAGAGAAACGAAGGAAAAAGGGAGACGACCAGAGUCGGAUGAUUCGACCGAUAAAACCAGAGCGAGAAAGGAAGAGAGAGCAGCCACAGAGUUGUGGAGAUGGUGUCGGAGUCAUUCGAGUCGUUUGUUCGUCGUCGAGUCGUGCUGCCCAACACGUACAACUCGUGCCCACACAACACAUCGUGAAUCGAAAGAAUCUAGCCAGUGGGAUAAACGAGAGACUCCUAGAGCUGCAAGGCAGAGACCUAACACCCGAAGAUUACGACCUUCUGUUGACUCUCGACGACCUCGUCGCUCGUCCUACGGUCAAUCCCGACGUCCUCGAGAGGCUACCGACCCACACAGCAAUGGAGGACGAUCAGAGCGACGCAUGUGGCGUGUGCAUCGAUGCAUACAAAAUGGGGGAUGACAUCACAAUGUUGCCAUGCGAUCACAGAUUCCACAGUCAGUGUAUCAACCAGUGGCUCAGGACUGUGUCGAACAGAUGCCCGUUGGAUGGGAACAAGAUCGUUUAAUGUAAUUAGAAUGUAAAUCCAUAUUGAAAAACAGAUAUCAAUAAAAACACGUUACAACAGCAGCAACCGUCUCUA